AUGCUUUCUCCAGAUCCUUCCGGGCACUUUUCCCAUUCUCACCACUCUUCCUCUUCAUCUUCCCGCAAUCUUCCAAACGCUCCAGGUCUCUCUAUCUCUUCUGCAUCGCGACAACUUGGCUUGCCACUUCAUCCUCUUUAUUGUUCUCCGCUUGGUGCAGACGAGACUGAUAUUACCAUCAGCCCUGUGCCAGGCUCAACAAUCAUAUCAGGCUCUAGCUCUAUUUCAGAAUCCGGUUCACCACUAUCGCUAUCUGCUCGACCAAUGCCAGACAAUCGAACAGCUCCAGAUGAGGCUGGCGAACGGUGA